AGUUUGCUCAGAAGGAUGCUGGCCAAUUGAGGGAUAAAGCUGGAAAAGUAUAUUUUAAUUUUUGUCUGUGGUUUCAUCUUGGGAGUUACCAAAAGAGCAGUAAGCUUUUAUAAGUUAGUAAAACAGCGGAUAGAUUUUCUCUCCUUGACUGAAAAGAUUGGAGUAGGUAUCUUAAAGAUAAUUACGAGAAAUGUAACGCACUAAUAGGACUUAAUAUAUUUUUUAAUAAUUAUCCAAAUAAUAAUUUUCGUCUAGUUGUCCUGGUUGAACGGGUCAAAAAUGCUGACGCCUGACGACCGAGUCUCUGAAAAAGAGAAAUGAGUCACGUUGCCACUCUUUUGGCCAUUGCAAGCGUAUUCAGUGUCGUUCGGGGUCAACAGCAAGUUAUGCCGAGGCCCGUGGCGGAAAUCCCUUCACCGCAGCCUCUGCCCGCGGAUUACGUGAAGGGAAUACUUAGCCUGAAGAGCAGUCUGCUGACCAACAAGCAGGCCUUGGGUUACGCCGCCAGUCAGCAGGUGAACGGCCCCGCUUCCCUAUCCGGAAUCAGACCUGGUAUGCGGUAUACACAGCAGUUGGACGUACAGCAGCCGGAAAGCCAGCCGUUGCAGGAGAUUCAGGUUGAGCCCGUUGCCAAUCUGAGGCCAGCAGCGAUAACUCAGAGCAGCCAUCUUCACUCCCAGAUGCCGUCGGCCAAGUUGAAUCGAUAUAAUCAGGAGUUCCCCGCCUUUCAUCUAUUCCAGCCGCCAUUCGUGCCAUUGGCAAAGCAGCAGGAGCGACAGGAGACACACGAUCCGCCGCCAACUGCCGAGCAGCUCGAGUUGCUGCAACAGUUGUCCGAGUUCUUUGGCCAGCGCCAGCAGUUGCAACAACAGGUGCGACCGCAGGAGGCAAUGAACUGCGCUCAAGUGGAUCAAAAUGAGGAAAAAGGAGAAUGCGAAGUGUUUGGGACUACCGAGGCUUGUGACUCCAAUAAAAAUGAAGAGGAGGAUUCGAUAUCCGUUGAUGUGAAGAACGAGGAAUCUACUACAACAAGCACUGUCAAACCAUCUGUGGCUCCCAAAACGAAGGCAACUAAGCCUCCAAUCGGCAAGACUACCACCCAAAAACCUUUGACAACGCGUGCUACCAAAAGUACGACCAGAAAACUUCCAUGUUGCACCAAGCCAAAGAAUAAUGGCGUUGUAGAAACUCCAAAUGUCAUCAGCUUUUCUCUGAAUGUACAAAAUGAGAACUCGGAGCAGUCAAAAGCCUUGCAACAGCAACCACGAAGUGGUAGACACGCCAUUCAGCCUGAUUUGCGCAUAAAUGCCAUUAAAAACUUUCUAAGAUAUCGCAGAAAAAGGGCUCAGGGUGCAGCUCCAUAUCCCAAACCCUUUUCUGCUCAAAAUGAUGAUGAGUUGCAGAGCCGAUCGAAACGAAAAAGAGAUAGGAUCCUGGACAAAAAGCAACUGCUUCAGGCUGAACUGAAGAUUUGGCCCAUUAGCAUAAGAUCGAAUUUUGUGGAACGAUUGCACUAAGUUCCCAAUAUUUAUAUAUUUUUGAUAUGCAAUGAUUAAAAUAAAGAAAUUAAGAACA